AUGGAUAUUUUGAAAAAGGCAGACUUAGGCCUGAAAUGUGGGAGAUAUGAGCAGACACUCGAGCUUCUUUUUACCUACCUCGAAAAGCAAGAAACAAUUAUAAGCAGCCAUUUAGAGCUCCUCGAGAAAUCUUUCAGAUUUGUACUAGCCAGCACACGAAAAGGGUGAAGAACUCUUUCCCAGCAAGCUAAAGAAUCCACAAACCUCCCUUUGCUCCACACAGUCUAUAAAUCACGAGUCACAAAAGAAAUAAUCGCAAAAUGCCAGCGACUUAUCAAUUUAAUUGACAUAAAAGUGCUUCCUUUUCUUUACGAGAAAAGAGAAAAAGUCCGAGCUUUUAAGCUUAUAGGUGAUGCAUACCGCUAUAUUGCUGAAGUUUCCACAGAAGAAGAACACUCUAAAGCCUCUGAAGAAAGCUUAUUAGCUUAUCAAAAAGUAAUGGAGUUUUCUAAUUAUUGUGUCAAUGAGCUCGUUUUUCUCAGAUCCCUUUUGAAUUUUUCAGUUUUUUAUUACGAAAUCCUUGAUAACAAAAUCAAAGCCCUUGAAGUUGCAAAACAAGCGUUGAAUACAAUAAAUAAUGCUGAAUAUCCAGUCAAGGAGCAUGGAGAGGUUGAACAACUAGCAGGUAUAAUAAAAGAAAAUAUGAAGCUGUGGGUAGGCUCAGAGUAA